GAAUGAAGUUGGGCUGGUGACACUGGAGACAAGACUGAGUAAUGCCUAAUUGUAGGCUGGGUUGUCCAUUUUGUGCCUGCCUACCAAGAGGAAAGCCAGAAAAGUGCCUCCUCGGACAGAAGAGAACUGGUCUCAGUACGCGGGCCUCUCACUGUUCUGGCCUCUCCCGUUGCGGAGCACAGGCUCCGGACGCGCAGGCUCAGUGGCCAUGGCUCACGGGCCCAGCCGCUCCGCAGCAUGUGGGAUCUUCCCGGACCGGGGCACGAACCCGUGUCCCCUGCAUCAGCAGGCGGACUCUCAACCACUGCGCCACCAGGGAAGCCCAGCUCAUAUGGAUUUUUGAUGCUCAAUUCAACCCAUAAAUUACAAGGGAUUCAAGGAAAGCCACAAGAGUAAGAAGAAAAGAAAGCACAUACGAACCAGGAAAGGAAGUCCCUUUCUCCUGCUUUUUUGCAGUGUCCCUCCAGAACCCUCUACUGACAAAGCUUAACAUCAUGCCCUCAGCAAGCAGCAGAUUGGAACAAAUAUGAUGACCGAUUGAUGAAAGCAGCAGAAAGGGGAGAUGUAGAAAAAGUGUCCUCAAUCCUUGCUAAAAAGGGGGUCAAUCCAGGCAAACUAGAUGUGGAAGGCAGAUCUGCCUUUCAUGUUGUAGCCUCAAAGGGGAAUCUUGAGUGUUUGAAUGCCAUCCUCAUACAUGGAAUUGAUAUUACAACCAGUGACACCGCAGGGAGGAAUGCUCUUCACCUGGCUGCAAAGUAUGGGCAUGCACUGUGUCUACAAAAACUUCUACAGUACAGUUGUCCCACUGAACAUGUAGACCUGCAGGGAAGAACUGCACUUCACGAUGCAGCUAUGGCAGACUGUCCUUCUAGCAUACAGCUGCUCUGCGACCACGGGGCCUCAGUGAAUACCAGAGAUGUAGAUGGGCGGACGCCACUUGUGCUGGCUACUCAGAUGUGUAGGCCAACAAUAUGUCAACUGCUGAUAGAUAGAGGGGCGGAUAUUAAUUCCAGAGACAAACAAAACAGGACUGCUCUCAUGCUAGGUUGCGAGUAUGGUUGCAAAGAUGCAGUAGAAGUCUUAAUCAGAAAUGGAGCUGAUGUAACCUUGCUGGAUGCCCUCGGCCAUGAUAGUUCUUACUAUGCAAGAAUUGCUGACAAUCUGGACAUUCUAACCUUACUGAAGACUGCAUCAGAAAAUACCAGCAAAGGGAGAGAAGUUUGGAAGAAAGGACCAUCUUUACAACAGCGAAAUUUGACGCAGAUGCUAGAUGAAGUAAAUAUGAAAUCAGAUCAGAGGGAGCAUCAAAACAUUCAGGAUCUGGAGAUUGAAAAUGAAGAUCUGAAAGAGAGGUUGAGAAAAAUUCAGCAGGAACAGAGAAUAUUAUUGGAUAAAGUAAAUGGUUUACAACUACAGCUGAAUGAGGAAGUAAUGGUUGCUGAUGAUCUGGAAAGUGAGAAAGAAAAGCUGAAGUCCCUUUUGGCAGCUAAAGAAAAGCAACAUGAAGAAAGCCUAAGAGCUAUUGAGGCUCUGAAAAAUAGAUUCAAGUAUUUUGAGAGCAAUCAUUUAGGAUCGGGAAGUCAUUUCAGUAACAGAAAAGAAGAUAUGCUUCUUAAACAAGGUCAAAUGUACAUGACAGACUCACAGUGUACUUCCACAGGUAUGCCAGCCCAUAUGCAAAGCAGAUCUAUGUUAAGACCACUAGAACUGGCCUUACCUAAUCAAACCUCAUAUUCAGAAAAUGAAAUUUUAAAGAAAGAAUUAGAAGCAAUGAGAACUUUCUGUGAUUCUGCAAAACAAGACAGACUCAAGCUCCAAAAUGAACUGGCUCACAAGGUGGCAGAGUGCAAAGCCUUAGCAUUGGAAUGUGAAAGGAUCAAAGAGGAUUCAGAUGAGCAGAUAAAGCAACUAGAAGAUGCCUUGAAAGAUGUUCAGAAGAGAAUGUAUGAGUCAGAAGGUAAAGUGAAACAAAUGCAGACACAUUUUCUUGCCCUGAAAGAGCACCUAACAAGCGACGCAGCUACUGGGAACCACAGACUGACAGAAGAACUGAAGGAUCAGUUGAAAGACAUGAAAGUGAAAUAUGAAGGUGCGUCUGCAGAAGUGGGGAAAUUAAGAAACCAAAUCAAACAAAAUGAGAUGUUAGUCGAAGAGUUUAAGAGGGAUGAAGGCAAGCUAAUGGAAGAGACUAAGCGACUGCAGAAGGAAUUGAGCAUGUGUGAACUGGAGCGAGAGAAGAGAGGGAGAAAGGUCACCGAGAUGGAAGGCCAGUUAAAGGACUUGUCAUCCAAGCUGGCCCUUUCCAUUCCGGCAGAGAAAUUUGAAAACAUGAAGAGCUUGUUGUCAAAUGAAGUAAAUGAGAAGGCAAAAAAAUUAAUAGAGAUGGAAAGGGAAUAUGAAAGAUCACUUAGCGAAAUUAGACCGUUAAAGAGAGAACUUGAGAAUUUGAAGGCCAAACUGGCUCAGCAGGUCAAGCCGGAAGAACAUGAGCAGCUCAAGAGCAGAUUAGAGCAAAAGUCAGGAGAACUUGGGAAGAGAAUCAGUGAGUUAACGUCGAAAAAUCAGACACUACAGAAGGAGAUUGAAAAGGUCUAUCUGGAUAAUAAGCUCCUCAACCAACAAGUGCAUAACUUAACGACUGAAAUGAAAAAUCAUUACGUCCCUUUAAAAGUAAGUGAAGAAAUGAAAAAGUCACGUGAUGUAAUUGUUGAUGAUUUGAAUAAAAAGCUUUCAGAUGUGACACACAAAUACACAGAAAAGAAGUUGGAAAUGGAGAAAUUGCUGAUGGAAAAUGCCAGUUUAAGUAAGAACGUUAGCCACCUGGAAACUGUGUUCAUACCUCCAGAGAAACACGAAAAAGAGAUAAUGGCCCUGAAAUCUAAUAUUGUUGAACUUAAGAAGCAGCUAUCUGAACUUGAUAAAAAAUGUGGUGAUGACCAAGAGAAAAUAUAUUCGCUCACAUCUGAAAACACUGACUUGAAAAAGAUAAUGAGUAAUCAGUAUGUGCCAGUGAAAACCCACGAAGAGAUUAAAACUGCUUUGAGUAGCACAUUGGAUAAAACCAGCAGAGAAUUAGUAGACGUGAAGAAGAAGUGUGAAGAUAUAAAUCAAGAAUUUGUGAAAAUAAAAGAUGAGAAUGAAAUAUUAAAAAGAAACCUGGAGAACACUCAGAACCAAAUAAAAGCUGAGUACAUAAGCCUAAGAGAGCACGAGGAAAAGAUGAGUGCUGUGAGGAAGAGCAUGAAGAAGGUCCAGGACAACAGUGCCGAAAUAUUGGCUAACUACAAAAAAGGCCAGGAGGAGAUUGUAACACUGCAUGCCGAGAUCGAGGCCCAGAAAAGGGAACUUGACACAAUACAAGAAUGCAUCAAGCUAAAAUAUGCCCCAAUUGUCAGCUUUGAAGAGUGUGAGAGAAAAUUUAAAGCUACCGAGAAAGAACUAAAAGAACAGUUAUCCGAGCAGACACAAAAGUAUCACAUCAGCGAAGAAGAGGCCAAGAAGUGCAAGCAAGAAAACGACAAGUUAAAGAAGGAGAUCCUCACUCUUCAGAAGGAUCUAAAGGAUAAAAAUGUUCUUGUUGAGAAUUCUCAUGAAAUGGAAAGAGCAUUAAGCAGAAAAACAGAAGAGCUGAACAGACAGUUAAAAGACCUGUUGCAGAAAUACACAGAGGUAAAGAACGAGAAAGAGAAGCUGGUGGAGGAAAAUGCCAAGCAGACCUCUGAGAUGCUUGCAGCACAAACUCUUUUGCAGAAACAGCAUGUUCCACUGGAACAGGUUGAGGCCCUGAAAAAGUCUCUUAAUGGCACAAUUGAGAUGCUUAAGGAAGAACUGAAGAGUAAGCAAAGGUGUUAUGAGAAAGAGCAGCAGACAGUGACCCAACUGGGGCAGAUGCUGGAGAAUCAGAAGAACUCCUCUGUGCCCCUGGCAGAGCAUCUGCAGAUUAAGGAAGCAUUUGAGAAAGAAGUUGGAAUCAUAAAAACUAGCUUGAGAGAAAAGGAAGAAGAGAGCCAAAACAAAACCAAAGAGGUCUCCAAACUCCAGUCUGAGAUUCAGAAUACGAAACAAGCAUUAAAAAAAUUAGAGACUAGGGAGGUGGUUGAUUUGUCUAAAUAUAAAGCAACGAAAAGUGAUUUGGAGACACAGAUUUCCAACUUAAAUGAAAAAUUGGCCAAUCUGAAUAGGAAGUAUGAGGAAGUAUGUGAGGAGGUUUUGCAUGCCAAAAAGAAGGAACUGUCUGCAAAAGAUGAGAAGGAAUUGCUCCAUUUCAGCAUUGAGCAAGAAAUCAAGGAUCAGCAGGAACGAUGCGAUAAGUCCUUAACAACAAUCACAGAGUUACAGAGAAGAAUACAGGAAUCCGCCAAACAGAUCGAAGCUAAAGAUAAUAAGAUAACUGAACUGCUCAGCGAUGUGGAAGGACUAAAACAAGCACUCAGUGGCCUUUCCCAGCUCACCUGCGCGAGCAGGGGUCCCAGUAAGAGGCAGAGUCAGCUGAUUGGCAGUCUGCAGCACCAGGUCAAGUCCCUGCAGCAGCAGCUGGCGGAUGCUGACAGACAGCACCAAGAAGUAAUUGCAAUUUAUCGGACACACCUUCUUAGUGCUGCACAGGGUCACAUGGAUGAAGAUGUGCAGGCGGCCUUACUCCAGAUCAUACAGAUGCGGCAAGGGCUUGUGUGCUAGCAUCAGCACCCACCAGCCGAUGCUGGCUUUCCCUACUGGUGCUGAGCAUUCUGUGUGCAACUCCAUGGCCUUUCUGGACCUCACUUUCCCUCAGCUUUCCCUGCUGGUGCUAGUAUAAUUAAAAUAAAGUAUAU